AUGGCUUCCCGCUGCCAGAUGGGCAGUGGGGGGUUCUCCGGCCCUUCCCCGGCCCCGAGCUGCGAGCAGCGAGCCGCCAAGGAGAAGCAGGAGCGGGAUUUCGGCGGCGAGGCGCGGCCCCGGAGCGAGCUGGCCAUCAGGAUAGGUAGAGCCGGGCUGCAGCCAGACAAGGCUGAGAACGGGGAGCCCUACCAGCGGAGGAGGGGAGCGGGUGCCCCCGUUCCCGAGAUCCCCCCGGCGCCGCGGGACGGAGCCGCCGUGGCCGGGAGCAGCAGCUGGAGGAGGAUCACGCUGAUGAUCCUGGCUAUCACCAUCCACAACAUCCCAGAGGGCCUGGCGGUGGGAGUUGGAUUCGGCGCCGUUGGAAAAUCCGCGUCUGCCACGUUCCAGAGUGCCAGGUAAGACCCGAUCCUGCUUUUUUUUGUGUGUGUGUGUGUGUUUCUUUGCCCUCGG